AUGGGCGAUAAUCCUGGGAAGUAUCUUCAAUCAUGGUCAAUGUGGGAAGUUGCUGUGCGAUCUUAUCCAGUAGUAAAAUAUCUUCAUGUGAAAGCCUUGAAUUUGAGUACUUAUGAACUCACCGCCGCCGAUGUUCGUUCUCUUCUCACCAACGGAAUUCCGGCAACAGACGUCUGGGCAGAGGAUUCUACUAAAAGGGAAUCUGGCACUAAGGUUCAUCAUGCUAACAUCCGAGCAGCUAAGGUACCCUACCGGCAAACCAACAAUUGGGAUCAGUUUAUCGGAGUACCAGACAAGAUAACGACCGACAACCAAUUUCAAAUCAGCAAUUCAACAGAGAGAACAUCUUCAACUUCGACGGCACGCCACCAGGAUAGCCACCAGCUAAGGGAUCAAUUUAUCGGAGUAUCAGACAAGAUAACGUCCGAAAACCAGUUUCAAAUCAACAAUUCAACAGAGAGAACUUCUUCAACUUCGACGGCACGCCACCAGGAUCGCCACCAGCUAGGAUCAGUUUAUCGGAGUACCAGACAAGAUAACGUCCGACAACAAGUUUCAAAUCAGCAAUUCAACAGAGAGAACAUCUUCAACUUCGACGGCACGCGAACAGGAUCGCCACCAGCUAAAUGAAUUUUUCUCUUCCGUUUUCUUCCUUUCAUUGAUCUUUUUAUUUAUUUUCUUUUAUAUUUACUUAUUGUGUUAUUAUUGUUGUUAUUAUUGUUAUUAUUGUUACUAUUAUUAUUAUUAUUAUUAUUAUUAUUAUUAUUAUUGUUAUUAUUGUAAUUAUUAUUUUUAUUAUUAUUAUUUAUUAUUAUUAUUAUUAUUAUUAUUAUUAUUAUUUUAAUUAUCAUUGUAAUUAUUAUUUUUAUUAUUGUUGUUAUUAUUAUUAUUAUUAUUAUUAUUAUUUUUACUAUGGUUAUUUUUAGAACGACAUUGUCCUCUUUCCUUUGCUUCCUUUUGUUUAUCUUUUCAUUAAUUUUUUUUUAUAUUUACUUAACAACUAGGAUCAGUUUAUCGGAAUACCAAACAAGAUAACGUCCGACAACCAGUUUCAAAUCAACAAUUCAACAGAGAGUACAUCUUCAACUUCGACGGCACGCCAGCAGCAUCGCCACCAGCUAAGUGCAUUUUCCUCUUCCGUUUUCUUCCUUUCAUUGAUGUUUUUAUUUAUUUUUUUAUAAUUGCUUAUUGUGUUAUUAUUGUUAUUAUUAUUGUUAUUGUUAUUAUUAUUAUUAUUAUUAUUAUUAUUAUUAUUAUUAUUAUUAUUAUUAUUAUUAUUAUUAUUAUUAUAAUUAUUAUUAUUAUUAUUGUUAUUUUUGUAAUUAUUAUUAUUAUUUUUAUUAUUAUUAUUAUUAUCAUUAUUAUUAUUAUUAUUAUUAUUAUUAUUUUUACUAUGGUUAUUUUUGGAAAGGCAUUGUCCUUUUCCCUUUGCUUCAUUUUGAUUUAUCUUUUCAUUAAUUUUUUUUAUAUUUACUUAACAACUAGGAUCAAUUUAUCGGAGUAUUAGACAAGAUAACGACCGACAACCUGUUUCAAAUCAGCUAUUCAACAGAGAGAACAUCUUUAACUUCGACGGCACGCCACCAGGAUCGCUACCAGCUAAGUGAAUUUUUCUCUUCCGUUUUCUUUUCAUUGAUCUUUUUAUUUAUUUUUUUUAUAUUUACUUAUUGUGUUAUUAUUGUUAUUAUUAUUGUUAUUGUUAUUAUUAUUAUUAUUAUUAUUAUUAUUAUUAUUAUUAUUAUUAUUAUUAUUAUUAUUAUUAUUAUUAUUAUUAUUAUUAUUAUUUUUACUAUGGUUAUUUUUGGAAAGGCAUUGUCCUUUUCCCUUUGCUUCAUUUUGAUUUAUCUUUUCAUUAAUUUUUUUUUGUAUUUACUUAACAACUAGGAUCAGUUUAUCGGAGUAUUAGACAAGAUAACGACCGACAACCUGUUUCAAAUCAGCAAUUCAGCAGAGAGAACAUCUUUAACUUCGACGUCACGCCACCAGGAUCGCUACCAGCUAAGUGAAUUUUUCUCUUUCGUUUUCUUUUUAUUGAUCUUUUUAUUUAUUUUUUUUAUCUUUACUUA